GUCGAGAGAAUUUUGAAGAGGAUCGUUUAACGUCUGGCUUCCAACGGAAAGAAGAACACUUGCACGUCUUACUGAUGAACUCUUCUCAUUGCAAAUAUUCCCGCACCUUCAAAACUCUGAGGAAACACGUCUUUGAUCGCAACUCUAGAAGUUGCAUACUUUCAUCGCUUGAUCUGGACGAAGACAAGAACUCAAACACAUUUCAUACAUCAAGGUGAGCCAUUCAGUUUUCUAACAAAAAAAUGUUUUUAUGGAGGAUAAUUUUGUUAGCUUUAAAAUUUGGGUUUAUAAUUCGUACAAAACGUAAUUGCAUACUUUCAUUAACUGAUAACAUUUUGUUAUAGAAUUAUUUUUAAUGAGCCGUAUCGCAUGCACCAAAUUAUGUCACAAAUGUAUAUUAAAUUGGCUUAAUUAAUAUUUGAAUUUAAUGACUUAUUUUUUAAGCAAAAAUAACUGUGAAGUUUACGACCAAGCAAGAGCCCUCAACGAAUUUUUUAUUAAAAAUAUCAGAUUGUCUACAUUGCGAAGAAAAUAUAUAACAUUUUUUUGUUUGGUAUUUCUUUGAUUUUAAUGAAAUCACUAUAAAGACAUUAUUAUUCCCUAAUGCAAAUUUAAUUGUUAUAGAUGAAUUAACUAUCCUUUAAUUUAUUCAUAUAAAUUUAUUGAACAAUAGGUAGGUAAAAUUAAAUAUAAAGCAAAUAAAGUUACAGAUUGAUACAUUGUAUAGAGAUGUAUUCAGUUUUAUCUAAAAUAACAUAAACAUUUAAAUUGCGCGUUAUUGUUUUGUUUUUUUAGUUAGUAACAUAUUACUAGCCAUUCUACCCGUCGCUUCUUGGGGUUGCAUUCGAAAUUAAAACUUCAAAAGCAUUAUCAGCAUACAUAUUAUGCUAAAAUACCACUACUUCACUCACCUUAUUGGCUCCCUACACAUGUACGCAAUGAUUACAAGCUGUCUGUUCUCUGUCGCGACUAUUUCUCUGGUUCCUGCCCUUCCUAUCUGACUGAACUUGUUACUGUCUAUUCACCCCUUCGUAAGUUUUGUUCCUCCGCAGACUCGCGUAUUCUUUCUGUUCCCAGAACACGCACAAAAAAAUUGUGUCAACGAUCUUUCUCUUUCUGUACCCGAAAACAAUGGAAUUCUCUCCCAUUACACAUCUGUAAUGUAACGACCAUCACAGUCUUCAAAAGUGCCCAAAAAUCCCAUCUCUUCAAACUGCAAUAUACCGACUCAUUCUCACCACCCAUCUAACUGAUAAGCAGGGCUCGAUUCUGCUGGGUACUGUUCAUGGCUAGACAGGGGUAGACAGUACUUGGGUGGGUAAGGUAAAGCUUUCCAACAAUUGUUGUUGUUAAAUGUAUGCAUUUCUAUAAUUGCUAAUUUUUAUGUAAAGAGCAGAGAGCCUAGCCCUAGGCUGGGGUACUGAGCAGUGAGCCUAGCCCUAAUCUUGGGUACUGAGCAGUGAGCCUAGCCCUAGGCUGUGGUACUGAGCAGUGAGCCUAGCCCUAGGCUGGGGUACUGAGCAGUGAGCCUAGCUCUAGGCUGGGGUUCUUCGCAAUAUAAAACCUCCUAAUAAUACUCAUACUAAUUUUAUAAUAUUCUCCUAUGAGAAAAGACAGAUUGAUCAUAGCUCGAAAAAAUAUUGAAUUUCGGGCCUAGCACAUUUCUGUCAACAUUUAAGCUUCACAAAGCCUAGAAAAGAUUUAUGUACAGAAUUUUAUACCUUUCAAAAUGUGUCUAUUUAUUUAUUUUUUUUUAUAAAAGGCACUCGCAAAUGUCAAAUUUGUGAUCUUUUAUCAGACUAAAUAAAAUAGGAUUCCCGCCAGGAUCCUACUUCAAAAUAUAGGACAAUUUUAGUUAUCAAAAAGACAUCAUUCUGAUAAAUAUUCCAAUCAAAUUGCCAAAUUUCUCCCAUUCACAAUGGAUGGAAUUUGCCAACGAUAUUACCUUUUCGAGUUUUACGAUUUGGUCGCCCAGCUCCUGGAGGUAUAAUUUUUAAAAAAAUUUUUUUUAAGUUUAAGAAAUAUUAGGUUGCGUUAUGUUCUAACGUUAUUUUAAAAGUUAUGAAUGUAAAAAAAAAAUAGUUGAGAAACAUUUAAGAUAUAGCUAUUUAUCUAGAAUAAAAAAAUAUAAAAUAUUAGUAUUUUUUUAAUUCGCCGAUUUAUUAAAAAGGCAAAAUGAAACAUACAUUUACCAAAUUUAGUCCGGGUGCAACAACUUACCGAAAAGCUCGCACUGCAGACUAAUACUUCCGGUAUAGCUUUGUGCAGUUUAAAUAGCAUUCAGGUUUUAACCUCGUGAACUCAUUUUUUGAGCUUUCUAGAAACUUCAGAAAAAAAUAUCUUUAAAUAUCUGAUUACAUAAAAUUUGAGGAAAACCAUAGGGAUCUCAUUGACAUGCUCAUAAUCUUUACUAAGAACCAUAUCGGACUUUAAUGAUUAUUCCAGAAAAUUAACUGCCUCUAGGGAGUGACUAUUCUUAGAUUUGGAACCAGAUAUUUUGUAUUCCUUCAAGCGAAACUCAGUCCUCCCCGUAUUCAUCUGAGCUUUAUAGAGUAGAUUUAGGUUUAAAACUAAAUCAGAGUUAUGGCCAAGUUAACUUAUAUUAUUUAUUUUUUUUUAAAUAGAAAAGAUGAAAGCUCUAAAGAGUUUAGAUUCUUAAUUAAAUGGACCAUUUUUGGUUAAGUUCGAAAAUUGAAAGAGAACAGAAAGAGAUAGUUAUGGCUGCAGUUUAAAUAUUUAGUCAUUAUAUCUAUUGAGUUGACUUGACCGCGAGACUAAGCCUAACCUCGAAUGACUGUCCUGGAUUUCAGAGGCGAUUAAAGUUAUUUUAUUGUUAUACAUUAAACAUUUCUUGUAUGAUGAUUUUUUUUUCAUCUUUCAGACUUCCGUAUUCUUCUCCAACAAAUCAUACUACAUUUAAUAAAAUAGUUAUAAACUAUCCAGGCACUGUUGCUAUUGAUAGUAUAAUCAAUUAUAGAACUGGACAGGGGAAGAAUGGCAGAAAUGAAAACAAAUGGAGAAAACAAAGAGAAGGGAUCUACUCGCCACCUGCAGUAAACCCUGGAAAUAAAAGAUGUGGAAUGGUGAUCUUGGAGGCGGACGAUUCAUCAUCUGGCGAAAGUGAAAACGAAGAAGUUGACGAUGAGAGUGGCCAUGAGUAAAUAUUUGUAAACAUAUGAUCAUUAAUACAUUAUGCUCCAUAUAGUUUCUUUUUUCAAAGUAUUUUUUUUAAAUGGGGGAAGGGAGGUGCUAAAAAAUGUAAAUAAGCAAAGAGUCAUGGC